UUCGUCACGCCAUGGAAGAAGAUGGCACACAAAGGCAUCAGCGGCGGCGGAUCAUCGACCAAUGUCACGACACCAUUCCCCCAGCAGCCUCAUCCUCAGGUGGUGGAGACAUACACACGGCAGGCUAGCGAUGGCAAUCGCAGCCACAACCAUGUACAAGACUGCCUCCACCAUUCCGCUGCCAUGGCCGCGUGAGCCGGUGUAGCUUCGUCUUCGACGACUCUCUCCCCAAGGUUGCACAAGGCAUGUCUAAUAUUCGAGGAGAGCAAAGAGGCAAGAAGAGGAAGUCCCCUUGCCUGAGCAUGAAAAUUUUUGGAUCUCCGUUGAGCAGAAUGUUAGUGUCCCCAAGAUUUGAAUUACCUAGAGUACGAUUAAGGUCACCGUUAGUAGGAUAUCAAAAAUCACCAUAUGCUCCAAGAAAGAUGUCGCAUAUUGAUUUGAAUGUGGAAGUAGAAGUAGAAGAUGAAGAUCCUUGUGUUGUUCUUGUUCCUGAAGAGAGUGGUGUCAACUCUAGUAUUGAUAAGUUCCCCAGGAGAAUGCACAACAUUGGUUUGAUCCAUGCUUCGAUGUCGAUGAUGUUGUUUCAGUCGCUCUAGAGGAUGAAGAGAUAGGUGAUGCCGAUGAUGUUGUCCCAGUAACUCUAGAGGAGACAGGUCUUGACCCUGGCCACGAGAAUGUACAACCUCAGUUUGAUCCUUUCUUUCACUCUGAUGUUGAUGAUGUUGACUCAGUUCCUCAGGAGAAUACACACAGGAAUGUCGUUCUUGAUAAUGACAAACGGAGAGCAAUAUUUGAAGCUAUGCUUGUAAAGGCAAGUAAAGGAUAUUUAAAGGGCCGUGAGAGCAAGGAGGUUUCGAUGGAAUUCUCAGUGCCUAUCAGAACUGUAUAGCAUAUAUGGAAAAAAGGCAAAAGUUGUUUGGAUCAAGGCAUUCCAGUUGAUGUUGUGAGUCGAAGAUAUAGGUGUGGCAGUAAAAAGAUGGUGGUGGAUGUGUCCAAGCUUGAAGAUAUUUCGAUAUCGAACCGUACCACAAUAUAAGAUGUAGCUACCCAACUUGGCGUUAGCAAAAGCAAGGUGCAUAGAAUGAAAAAAGAAGGUGCUAUAAAGCGUGUAUCGAGAGCAUUGGAUCCUUACUUGAUAGAUCAAAACAAAAUUGAUCGGCUAAAGUGGUGUCUUGAAAUGCUUGACCCAAGGAGUGUGCCUCACAAUCCUGUUUUCAAACCACUAUUUGAUUACAUUUUCAUAGAUGAAAAGUGGUUCAACAUCACAAGGAAGACGGUGCGAUAUUACGCAGCUCCAACUGCCGCGAGUCGCAUUAGGACAAUUCAAAACAAAAACUUCAUCCCCAAAAUAAUGAUCUUAACUGCUCCUGCCAGACCAAGGUUUGACUCAAAUGGAAACUGCACUUUCUAUGGAAAAAUUGGAUGCUUCCCUUUUGUGACACACACAGCUACGAAGAGGUCAAGCGUGAACCGUCCUGCAGGGACGAUCGAGAUGAAGCCCAUCGAGUCAAUCACAAAGGAAGUAAUCCGAAACUUCAUGAUAGAAAAGGUUUUGCUGGCAGUUCGUGCUAAGUGGCCUCGUGAAGAUGCCGACAAACCUAUAUACAUCCAGCAGGAUAAUGCUCGGCCCCAUAUUGCACCCGAUGACAGAAUGUUUUGUGAGGCUGCGAAGCAAGACAACUUUAACAUCAAACUUGUUUGCCAGCCGGCAAAUUCUCCAGAUUUGAAUGUCUUGGAUCUAGGUUUCUUCAACUCCAUUCAGGCCAUCCAGUAUAAGUCAACCUCAACAACAACAGAAGAACUUGUAGCCGGCGUUGAUCGAGCAUUUCAAGAUUAUUCAGUGAGGCGGUCAAACAGGAUUUUCUUGUCUCUUCAUGCAUGCAUGAGGGAAAUCAUAAAAGUACAUGGUGGCAACUCUUUUGAUCUUCCACACAUCAAAAAAGGAGUGCUUGAAAGGCAAGGUCACCUUCCUUUGCAACUAAGGUGUGAUGCUAAGUCAGUAAAUGAUGCUAGAGUUUCUUUGGGGACAAUGGCAGAUACCUGAAGAUGAUGCUGGUCUGAAAUUUUUGGAAGCUGUUGUUAGAGUGCUACUAACUGUUGCAAGCUGCUGGAGGUUCACCUGCUUGUCUUUUGCUCAAAUAGCACCACUAAAUUCAUGUUUGCUAGAGUACUUUUUUGAAUCGAAGAAGCACAAUUAUGUACUUUUGAGUCUUUUUUUGGUGUGCUGGAGGUAGAGACCAGAUUAUCUUUUUGGUGUUAUCAUACCCAUUCUUUUUGAUAUUGUGCUCCAUCAGCUCAAAAACAAGUGAUUGUUCAGACAAUUUCCCUUUUAAGUAAUUGCUGCUUGUGAGUUGUAAGAUCAAGUGUUGUUCCUAUUGGAAUCAGAACCCUGAAGAAUUUCAUGAAGCUGGGAGUGAAAACUCUUUGGUUCAUGUCUGCACUUAGCCUACAUUGCUAACUCUGAUGAUUAAUUGAUGAUUCUGUAGUGGAGUACUCUGAUCAGAUAGCUGAU